AUGGCACCACGGGAUAUAGGUUCCACCAAAAAGAAGAAGGCUUUUAUUGCAGCGGUCGGUCGUGCUCUAAUGAAUGAAAGUGCAAGUCUUGUUGAUACUGGUGAAAACGUGCAGUCCGCUGCCACAGUUGCAAAUGAAUCCAACCCCGCCAAAAAGAAGCAAGAUGUUACAGAGGACCAACGCGUCGAAUACAAGCUUCCAUAUUAUUCCCGGCGCAACCAAUCCAAGAGCGAGCCAUCACAGGGGUCCCACGGUUCGGACGAACCUGACACGGAUGGUGCAGUCAUGACUUCUGCCAUUAAGGGACCAGUAUCUCCGAUGCGCCGCCGUGUUACACUGCCUCCUAUGAGGGUCGCUACUGGAUCUCAGAUUCCACUACCCACUGAGGUUAAGCAAGAAAAAUUAAUGAGUACACAGAAGCCGACUGAUCACUCCGAUAACCUACCCCAAGGGUCGUCUGCCAAAAGCUCGGAUCGACUAACACAACAUGACUUGCGAACCAUCAAAUCAAACACAUCGGCACAACCUAAGGUUUCGCAAGAGAGAGACGAAUUGCCUGCACAAAGCCCUAUUGGUAACAGCGCCAAAUCGAACCACCCCGAGUUGCCAGAACAAGGCAAGGUCACAAUCAGUUCCGAACAACGCCGGGGUGGACGUGGAGGCCGAAGGGGGCGUACGCCUUGGCCCCGCGGCCGACGUGGCCGAGGCAACUACCGGGGAGGCUCACCAAGUAGACAAGCGGCCUGA